AUCCUGAAGGCCACUCCUGGCAGUACUCAGCCACAUGUAAUGGAAGUUCAGUGCUAGAGCCCAAAAAUGUAGUGUUACUCAUGCCCUGUGGUACCAAAAACAAGGGCCACACCAUUGAUGCUUAUUAGCCUUCAGGGCUACACUGAGCAAUGCUGAGAGGCUUAUGGGUCCUGGAGAUCUCACCCUUGUUGGGAACAUACAUGUUCCCCAAUUCCCAAACUAUCUUUCUUUUUAACUAUCUCUCCUUUUAAGAAGAAUACAAGAGGCUUUGUCAUUUAAUAGAAAUAUCUUUCUGAGGGGCUGGAGUGAUAGCACAGUGGGUAGGGCGUUUUCUAAUCACGCGGCCAACCCGGGUUCGAUUUUCAGCAUCUCAUAUGGUCCCCUGAGCACAGCCAGGGGUAAUCUUGAGUUCAGAGCCAGGGUGACCCCUGUGCAUUGCCAAAAAAUCAAAUAUAUAUGUAUAUAUGUAUAUACAUAUGUGUGUGUAUCUUUCUGAAUAAUGUCAAAAUAAUGUUCAAAAGAGCACAGAGAUCCAGAGAGUUUGUUCAAAGGGCUAACUGCAUGAUUCAUAUGUGAGAUCCCUGGAUUUGAUCCUUGGCACCACAUAGUCACCCAAGAACCACCAGAAGUAACCCCAAAGCAUCAACAGAGGUAUAGCUCUAGAUACUGCCAAAUAUGGCCCAAAAAUGAAGAGGGGGAGAGAAUAAAAGAGAGGGAGAGGGAGUGAAUGAGAUGAAGCCUACAGAAAAUAGCAAAAAUAGUUACUUGGGAAAAUACUGCAUGCUUAUUCAACUCACAUAAUGAUCUAGGAUACUCCUAAAAAAAAAGAGAGAAGGGUGGAAACUAAAAUACAACUAUGUUGGGAGGGGGCAAGUAAUAGUACAGUAAGGUUCUUGCCUUGCAUGCAGCCACCCAGGUUCAAUCCUUGGUAUUCUAUAUGGUUCCCCGAAUCUACCAUGUUUGAUCCUUGACUGCAGAGCCAGAAGUAAGUCCUGAGCACUACAGGAUGUGACCUAGAGAUAAACAAACAAAAUAAAUACAACUAUUUUAUAACUGGUUUCCAUAUUAGGAAUGUCAUCUUUUAAGUUAAUUUUAAUUUAUUCUUUGAUCCAUUUACCAAAUGUUUUGAGUGUCUACUCUGUUCUAGAAAUUGUAGAUUAUGUAAAAAUAUGUAAGUGAACAGCAUUAAAUUCUGGAACUCAAGGAUGCCACAGAAAAAACUUCUUAAUAAUGUAAGUAUGUGCUUGAUUAGAUAGUGAUCAAUGGUAAGAAGAAAAAGAGUAAGAGAAACCAGAGGCCCAUAGUUUGAAACUGUUGCUAAGUCAUAACUCUUGAUCUUAUGUAGAAAGAAUGACAUAAACUGGAAUUAACCGGCAACUUUUUUCUUGAUAUAAUUCAAUCAAUGGUAAUCACAGUUCAGAAACUCAGACUAACUAGAAUUGAAAGAAAUCUAGAUAAAUUAAUGCUUUUGCUGAGAAAAUUUUAAAGAAAUCACAUAUAUUAUUAUUUUUAUCAGAUCACUAUUAGUUUUUACUUCUCAGUUGUCACAUACAGACUACAGGUUUUAGAAUGUGGGCCUUAUGUCUGGGUUAUUUACUGAUUUAUUUAAGAAACUAGAUACAUGGGUAUUAAUAACAUUCCUCUUAAUUAAUUAUUUGAAUUGGAAAAGUUUCUGAUUAUAUCAUCUUCUCCAAAUACUUUCCAAACUUCAACUAUACAGCCCGAUUACUAAAUGGAGAGAAUUGUAGCGAUUCUUUUAUAACACAUCGCAUGGUGGCGCUGCAGGCUAAGAUGUCUAGUAAAUACUAGGAACUCUGAAAACCAGUAAGUAAGCAGAGCUCAGGACCAAAAAUUCUCCAGCAAAUGCUGCUCACAGACAUUUCUGGACAGAUUACAGGCUGAGAGCUCCAUCAUUGUUUCAGUCCCUUGGCUCCCUAAGAUAGAGCUGGACCCUGUUCCGGACCAGCUUUUCGCAGAAGUCAAGAUGGGAGCUGCGGGGGAGUGCUUUGCUAAACAAAGGCAAGUACUGAUUCUUUCUCUCUUCCUGGGAAUGGCUCUGGCAGGCUGGGAAUCCCGUCGCUAUUCCGUGAUGGAGGAAAUGGAGAGUGGGUCUUUUGUGGCCAAUCUAGCAGAGGACCUAGGGUUAGGAGUGGAAGAGCUAGCUUCAAGGGGAGCCCAGGUGGUCUCUGAAGAUAAUAAACCCCACUUGCAGCUUGAUCUGCAGACUGGAGAGUUGAUAUUAAAUGAGAAACUGGACCGAGAGGAAAUGUGCGGCCUCAGUGACCCGUGCAUACUGCAUUUCCAAGUGUUACUGAAAAGACCAUUAGGAGUAUUUCGAGCUGAGCUACUGGUGAAAGACAUAAAUGAUCAUUCUCCUGAGUUUUCUGAACGAGAAACGACACUGAAAAUCCCAGAGAGUAGCCCUCCAGGGACCAUCUUUUCUUUGAAUAAAGCCCAAGACUUGGAUGUGGGCAACAAUAACAUCCAAAACUACAACAUCAGUCCCAACUCUCAUUUCCAUGUUUCUACCCGCAACCGAGGGGAUGGCAGGAAAUAUCCUGAGCUGGUGCUGGACAAAGAGCUAGAUCGGGAGAAGCAGGAGGAGCUCAGAUUAACCCUCACAGCUCUGGAUGGAGGCUCUCCACCCAGAUCUGGCACUGUCCAGAUUCGAAUCUUGGUAUUGGAUAUCAAUGACAACACCCCGGAAUUUGAACAGACAGUUUACCAGGUGCAGAUUCCAGAGAACAGCCCUGUGGGCUCUCUAGUUGUCAAGGUCUCCGCUAGGGAUUUAGACACUGGGACAAAUGGAGAGAUAUUAUAUUCCCUUUCUUAUAGUUCUCAGGAGAUAAGAACAACUUUUGAGUUAGACAGAAUUUCAGGAGAAGUUCGCUUACAGAAAAAACUUGAUUUUGAGACAGUACCCUCAUAUGAACUAGAUAUUGAUGCGUCUGAUGGUGGGGGACUUUCUGGAAAAUGCUCUGUCUCUGUUGAGGUGUUGGAUGUUAAUGAUAAUGCCCCAGAACUAACUAUUUCAUCACUUAGCAGUCCCAUUCCUGAAAAUGCUCCUGAGAUAGAAGUUGCUCUAUUUAGGAUUCGAGACCGAGACUCUGGAGACAACGGAAGGAUGACUUGUUCCAUCCAGGAAGAUGUUCCAUUCACAUUAAAACCUUCCGUUGAAAAUUUCUACAAAUUGGUCACUGAAGACGCACUAGACAGAGAGAACCAGGCGGAAUACAAUAUCACCAUCACAGUGACAGACAUGGGUACCCCCAGGCUGCAAACACAGCACACCAUCACAGUGCUGGUGUCAGACGUGAACGACAACGCACCCGCCUUCAGCCAGCCCUCCUACACCCUGCUGGUGGGCGAGAACAACAGCCCCGCCCUGCACAUAGGCAGCGUGAGCGCCACUGACCCCGACGAGGGCAGCAACGCCCAGGUCACCUACUCGCUGCUGCCGCCCCAAGACCCGCAGCUGCCGCUCGCCUCGCUGGUGUCCAUCAACGCCGACAACGGGCAGCUGUUCGCGCUGCGCUCGCUGGACUUCGAGGCCGUGCGCGCCUUCGAGUUUGGCGUGGGCGCGUGGGACCGCGGCUCGCCCGCGCUCGGCAGCCAGGCGCGCGUGCGCGUGCUGGUGCUGGACCGCAACGACAACGCGCCCUUCGUGCUGUACCCGCUGCAGAACGCGUCGGCGCCCUGCAGCGAGCUGGUGCCCAGGGCGGCAGAGGCAGGCUACCUGGUGACCAAGGUGGUGGCGGUGGACGGCGACUCGGGCCAGAACGCCUGGCUGUCUUUCCAGCUGCUCAAGGCCACGGAGCCCGGGCUCUUCAGCGUGUGGGCGCACAAUGGCGAGGUGCGCACCGCGCGGCCGCUCAGCGAGCGCGACGCGCCCAAGCACAGGCUGCUGGUGCUGGUCAAGGACAAUGGCGAGCCGCCGCUGUCUGCCAGCGUCACGCUGCACGUGCUGCUGGUGGACGGCUUCUCGCAGCCCUUCCUGCCGCUGCCCGACGCGCCUGCCGACGCGCCUGCGGACGACCGCCUCACCGUCUACCUGGUGGUGGCCUUGGCCUGCGUGUCGUCGCUCUUCCUCUUCUCCGUGCUGGCCUUCGUGGCUGUGCGCCUGUGCAGGCGGCCUGGCCCUCCCGCGGGGGGCCCCUACCCGCUGCCCGACGCGCACUUCCCGGGACACCUGCUGGACGUCAGUGGCGCUGGGACCCUGUCGCACAGCUACCAGUAUGAGGUGUGUCUGGCGGGGGGCGCUGGCACCAAUGAGUUCAAGUUCCUCAAGCCUAUCUUGCCAGAUUUCCAGGAUCACAUUACUGGGACCAAUAGUGAGGAAACCCCCCCUUUCCGCAAUAGCUUUGGAUUUAAUUAGUAUCAGAAACAUCUCUUUAAAGAAAUGUUCCUGGAAGUUUCUCCCUCUUCUUGAAGGAACACUCCCUAUGCUACCUUUCCAAUGUGCUGGAGUCAGACUAUGAUCAGUCCUGACAGCAAAGACUGUUAGAUAGGAGAAGACUCAGAAGGCUGAAAAACACUUCCAGAUGUUUUUACACAUGUGAGGUGGGUGAACUGAAAUCAUGGACAAGCAAAACUGGAGCUGCCUGCCUGAAGCAGUCUCACUGAAACCAAAGACUGAAUUCAGGAUCCUGGAGUAGGAGUCCCACAAGUUGAGAUGAUCAUAGAGGCCUUUUUAACCAUUACUGCCUAACUAAUGCAUGUUCUGCUUGAGGUGCCCUAACAAUUGUAAACUCUACUUACACUCUGAAACUGUUCCCAGGGGUGCCAUGUGUGUCUUCUAGGAUUUUUCUUCUAUAAGUAUCCUAAUUAUCAUGACAUUGCCUCAUCUCUAAUAGGCAUUCAAGUAAGCUUCAAACUACUGGUCACAGUUGUUCUGUACCUGAAUUUUUGUCUUGGAUCAGGUAAGUACAAAAACAAUCUGGCAGUCAUCUAGAUUUCUAAGAUAGGUUUUGUGUCAGAUAUUUUUCUUUUGUGACAUAUUCUACAAACACUCAACAUUGAGCAUUCAGCAUAAUAUAAUGCUAGAAUCUUUUCUUAUGACAUCAUGCUAAUUGAGCCUAGUGAACAGUAAAUGCUAAGGAUCCAUAAUGAACUAGCAAGAUACAUGUAUGUCAAAGAGUAAAAUAUUAGCUCCUUGAAAUUUCAGGGACCUGCUAUAUAAGUCUAGAGUUCUGGAAAUUCCAGAAAAUCUAUUCUGAGGUAAAACACAAGUUUUUUUUGCAUCUCUUGCCACUAAGAAAAAGGAACUUUUAGGAGAGACUCUGAGUUUCAGAAGUAGCAUAUAUCAUAUUUGAAACUCAAAAUGCUUCCAUGCUAAAUCAGGGCCAACAAGAAAGGUAAGAUAGGCAACAAAUCCAGUCUAUAACACUAUUCAAUAUGAUGUUGCCAGAACUACACAGACAUAGAAGAAUGCCAUUCUUCUAUAUAGAAUGACAAGUCACAAUAGAAAAAUUACAUUAUAAACAUUGUAAAAGAGACCCAUACUUCCUCUACAAAUAACUUCUGUGUCUAUAAAUGGGUUUUGUUGUUUCCUGAGCCCUAGUAGAGAAUGAGUAACUGAGCAGACACCAAAUUAUUACAUCAUAGGCAAAAGGAAAGGUAGGUAUGGGAGAAAUAAAUAACAGAAAUAGUAAAUUCAGAAUAAGCUGCAGAGAUCCGAAAAAAAUAUAGAUAAGUUUCUCUUUUUUGAUGCAGUCUCUCCCAAUUUGUAUUUAUGAUUUCACAGAAAAAUUUUAUGAUAAAUAUGAAAAAAUAUAUUGGCCCAUAUCAACAGAUGCUAGGUAUAUAUGUUGUUAUAAGCCAAAAAUACUUAACUACUGAAUCACAGGUCUAUUCAAGGGAGGUCCAAAAGGACAGUUGUAAAGGGAAAUCUUACAAGGAAACAGAGCUGUAAGGUCUUGCCAUCCCUUUAUUAAAAAUUUAUUAUAUUUACAAUGGAAUACUAUGCAGCUGUUAGAAAAAAUGAAAUCAUGAACUUUGCAUAUAAGUGGAUCAACAUGGAAAGUAUCACGCUAAGUGAAAUGAGUCAGAGAGAGACAGACAUAGAAAGAUUGCACUCAUCUGUAGAAUAUAAAAUAACAGAGUAGGAUACUAAUAUCCAAGAAUAGUAGAAAUAAGUACCGGAAGGUUGGCUCCAUGGCUUGGAAGCUGGUCCCACAUGCUGAGGAAAAAGGCAGCUCAGAUAGAGAAGGGAACACCAAGUAAAAUGUGGUUGGAGAUCCCGCGCGGGGAGAUGUGUGCUGAAAGUAGACUAGAAUCUGAACACAAUGGCCACUCAAUACCCCUAUUGCAAACUACAACACCCAAUUGGAAAGAGAGAUCAAAAGGGAACACU